CAACACAGCUUUCAUUUUAUUUCAUUCAGAAAAAAGUUGUUAUUUACCAGUUUCUUUUAAACAAUUAAACUUUCUUUUUCCCCAUUUCCUCAGUAAAUGAUGCAUUCUGAGCAAGGCUUCCAGAGUCAGCUCUUUAAAUCCAUGCAAACAUACCUAUGCAACCCAGACAGAGUACAACCUAUUAUAGGUCUUCGUUCUGUAAUAGAGUUAUGCACGGCUACUAAGCCUCCCAUGUACCUGUGUGAGGUCUGCAUUGUCAGAGCCAACAUGACAGACAUCAAGACCCACAUUACCGGCAGUCUUCACAGAUAUAGCUAUAUCAAAUCGUGUCAAACAUAUGAGCUGGGAGCUAAUACAGAUCUGGCUCCUCAAGCUUGGCAUCUGUUAGACCUGGCCAAACAUAUAGAGAAAAAUGAAGGAACAGGAAAUGUACAGGUGCUACAUCUGCAUGAAGACAUCUACAAGGAAAUGAUAUCACAGCCUAUAUUAGAUGUACUUGCACAGGUGAAGCAGAUACAGCAGACACAAACAAAUGUCACUGAGUUCCAGUUACCAUUUUGUAGGACAACCACAAAAGAAACACAUUUUAAUGAUGAUUAUUCUAAUUAUUACGGUGACCUGUAUCAAGUCACACCAAGCUGUACUACACCACCCAGUCUUAUGUCUUACGCCACUGUUUCCAGCAAAAUGUCAAAUGAAACACAAAACCAAUUUAAAACCCAGAAUCAAGUACAAUUUUGGUUUCCAGCACAAUUUCUUUGUCCAGACAGAGACACUAGUGCACAGGGUUCAGUAAUAUCUCCAAUCCAAGCUAGUACUCAAAGUUUACCUGGAUACCCUCUUCCAAAUUGUUUUUCCAAUUUAAAUCCAACCGCAGCCUUCAGUUCAAUCCCUGCGGCAGGGGCAUUUCAAACAUGCAAUCCCAUCAAUGACUCAAUGCAAAAUGUUACUGUGCAUGAGGAGAAGAAUGCCCAUAGCUGGGAAAAUGGCUUCAAUGCAUUUGAGUGCAUUAGUACUGAAUCACCCUCAUCUCACACCAUGCAGACAACCAAACCCAAUUUUAAGCGUGUAGCUCACUGUAAAAACAAUUCUCUGACAGUGACCGUUACCCAGAAACGAAACCCUGAGCAGGGAAGUAAACAGGAUCAUCUCGCCACCUUGAAGAUGAGGAGCACUGGAACCCACACUCCAGCAAUCAUCUGGAAUGAGGAUCAUUGCCAGAAUAAUGACUACCUUACCAGUGAAGAACUAUACAGAGACACAGAUUGGGUGCUGAAUAAUAGAAAAGUUGGACAUGAGGAAGGGCAGCAUCCACAGCCUUUCACAGCUGAUGAUGCUUUGUUUAUGUAUGAACACAUGGAUCAAUAUCAGCAACGUAACAACUAUUCAGAAGAAGAUAUUUUUCUGCUACAGAAAAAUAACGAAGAUUCUCCAGAAAAUUACAGUGGCACACAGCCUCUGAUUGGUCUGAAUGCUGUUAUCAAGUGCCAAAGUUUAGCUGGAGAUCCGCCAUCGUGCUGCUACCUGUGCCAACCAUGUUCUCUGAAGGUGUUAGAGAGUGACAUCAUUCAGCACUUAAUUAGUCCUCUGCACCAAAUCAAUUACAUUAAUUUUCAGUAUCCCCACUUGUCAAACUGCCACAGUGGACUUCAAAGUCUGGAGACGAUCGCCAUGCAGCUGGAACAGGAAGAAGGUAGAGGACAAAUGAAGGUGAGGAGAUUAUCUGCAUGUCUUUUUAAUGAGGUGCUGGAGCAAGAUUUCUAUUGCAGUAUGAAAGAAUUAAACCUUGGAAAAGGUUUGACUGAGAAAACAAGACUAAAUCAGAAAGCAGUGAAGAAAACGAGCAGAAUAACCCAAGACUACAACACCCCAUUGAAACGGACAGCAGGACUUUUCGACUGUGAUGAAAGUGCAGCUAUUGGAAAGCCUCUCUUCUGUCAUAAGAGGGCAAAGAAAAAAGGCAAGAAAAAAGCUAGGCUCUCAGAGCCAGUGUUUAAAGUAAGCCUUUUGCUGAAUGAAGGGCCUAUGCUUGUGAACAGAAUACCCCCAGUGAAAGAAACAGUAGCUCCUGAAAUUGAAUAACCACAUAUAUUGACUAUAAUGUACAUAACCUUAAGAGGCCAUUCAACAUGUGAACAAAUGAAGGUAUAUGUGCCUCAUGCUGUCUAGUUUACCUCAGGAGUCUUGUUGACAUAUGCACUGUAAUUUAUUUCAUGGAAAAAGUGUUUGUUAUUAGUAAAUUGGUGGUCUUCAAAGAAGCGAACCAUCUUUUAAAAAUAUGAUGCUACUCCCUGGUGGCCGGUUGGGAAAUUGCUAAUGGAGACACAUUUACUUUCGCAUUCAUCUAUACUGCUUUAUCCUGUAUACAGGGUCAUAGACUUAGGGCACGAGGCAGGGUACAACCUGUAUGGGUUGAUUUGGGAAAAGUAGCCCAAUCUCAUGUUUUUAGAAUGUGGGAGGAACCCGGAGAACCUUGAGGAAACCCACCAAGCACGAGGAGAACAUGCAAACUUCAUUGCUAACCUCUUCGCCACCAUGCCAUCCUAAUGGAAACAGUCCUGCCAAAAUAAAUCAUACUUGACCCUGGUUUAAGAAACACAGAUUUGUUCUACUAGAUAGGACACAGGAUUUUCGGCAGUCAUAAAAUGUUUGGAAUUAUUUUUUUUUAAAGAAAAGGAAAAAAAACAUGCACAUAUCAGAUUACUCAAUAAUCUACAAUUAAUUUAUAAUCCUGGCUUUUCAGAAAUACAAAAUAAUCCAGAUUGUUUGCAUUGCACUGGGAUGUAUGCAUGUUUUGUGUGCAACAAAAAUAGUUAUGAAGAAUUUAAUCCAGUUACUCAAAGUUUUGGCCAGCAGAUGGCAGUGAGCACCUUUAAGUUAGAGCCUGAAACUAAUGUAGAUAUUUGCUGCUCACCAUGUGUCAACCACUAUGUUAUGUACAUCUGUAUAUAUUUUGUAUUACUGUAAUAGAACACACAAAUUUUGUUUAUUAUUUUUGGAAAUGUUUUGAUAAUGUUUUAUAGUUCUGAUAAUCUAUCCCACUUUUUGUCAUUUGUUCAACCCUUUAAUGUCCCUAAGAAUGUAUUUGUAAAGCAAGAAAAGAAUACAGAGAAAAAAAAACUUUUAGUGUAAAACACUUAUCGGUAAACUAUUUCUUUCCUAUGAUGGAUCAGAUUCUGUCACCGACACUUAUUCGGUUUGUUGUUCUUUAAGCAAACAGGUGACACAAGUAAUUUUUGCAGCAGACAUGGUGUUGCCCUGCUGUAAACAUUUCACCACUAUGAUCAAGGUACCCAUGCAGUUUCUGGUUAAAUUUUGUGACCAUAUAUAAGUAUGACUUGUUUGUAUGUAAAUAUUUACGUUGUUGUUUUACGUUUCCAGUAUAGUCUGUCUGACUGUUAAGUUAUCCCUAUUUGAAUUGAACAAGAUGCAAUACAUCCUUCACUUUAUGUUCAUUAAGUUGAAAACCA